AUCAAUCACCCCACGAAGUUCCCAGAUAUGAGUUGGCCCAGCAUUCCAAUGGCACAAUAUUAUUUCGGCUUGACAAUGUCCUAGCUCUAUGUCAAAUUCUAAACUGUUUUUGGCAAAACCAAAAAAACGCAUUUUUUUUAUAUUAUUAAUUGGUUAGGCCUGUGCCAGUUGAGUGUAUACACCCACCUGUCGAAGUGAACAUUCUCGCGGGAUAUGUGAGAGUUCUAAAAACCAAAUUUUGAACACGUGCAAAGUAGCACCUGGUUCCCAAUCGAAAGCCCAUUCAUUGUAUGUACAGGUCCUGGGUCAAGCACCGUGCUAUUUUUCCUGUGUAGGGCAGGCCGGCUAAACGGAUAAGACAGCUGCAAGUAUUUCCUGUGUCUCACUUUUGAAGGGCAUUUUAAAACAAAACCCCGCCAGCUUGCUCCGUGGUUUCUUGAAACAGUUACACUGUUAUCUUUGCCAACAGCUUGCAGCAGAAUGUGUACCGUGAGGAGACCCGACUUGUCUUAUAACGAUCUCAUCCGAACGGCCCUUCUCUCUAAACCCAACCACCAGGCAACUCUAGCUCAGAUUUAUGAUUUCAUUCAGAUGACAUUUCCCUUCUACAAUGAUCCUAAAGGAUGUCGCUUCUGGAAGAACUCUGUCCGUCAUAAUCUAUGCAGGAACUCACUGUUUAUGAGGGUAGAGAGCAAAGCUGUAGACAAAAAAGGUAGAACUGAUGGACGAGGCCAGUCUUCGUGGCAGUUGUGUGAUUCAAACAUGAGUAACCCACAACCAAGGAAGAGAGAUAGACCAGUAAGAAAGAGAAAACCAAAAGCUAACAAAGUUCCAACAAGACCCUCAUCUGUGGAGACGUCAUCAGGAGAUGUUUAUAGCUCUCAGUAUCCAUGGCAACCAAGAUCAGAUACAAGUCAUCCGGGACAGAGUUCCAACGAUUGCGCCCUCGAUUUAUCCACCAACCCCGGUCAGAUGAGCCUUCUUGAACCGGACAGCCUCACCCACCACCAAGCGUUCCUCCAGCCCUGGUCAAACACCAACCAUCUCACCCCAUACUAUUCCCACUUUGAGGCCCCUCAUCCAGAAGAGCUGGCUAGCCACACCUCAGAGAAAGUGGUCAGUCCCCAAUCGCUGUACCCACAAGUGUGGUUCCCUGGCGACUACAGAGAUGUCACGGUGGAUGCACUACGAGGAGCAAGCCCAGCCUUGCCUAGUCCAGUACCCUCACACAAUCCUCAUCUACUCCAAAACCAACAGUGUAUGUAUGCAAACGGUAUCUACUACUAUCCACAGUUGUGCCCCAACCAACAAGUUUCCAUGGCAACUUCAUCUUAACUAAAAUGAAGACGUGCGAUGUAAGGGCAGUGUCCACGAGGCAACUUACAGGCAACCAGUUCAAGGCCACCAGUUCCAGGCCGUCUCAAAGAAGAAAAGCCAUUUACAUUUCAAUGGUCACCAAUUUUCUUGUGAUCCUGUAGCGUGCACUGAGUUGGUUGCCUCGAAUUGCCUUAAAAAGUUGCCUCGUGUGACAAGGCCCUAAGAUUCACAAACCCGCAUCUUUCACAUCCCCAGUUGUUUGGAUGUAUUGAAUGACUAGAGGAGAAAAGUAACUUUUAAAAAACAUGAGCAGUUUGUCAUGGAGAAAUUAUAGCUUUAAAACUUUUUCUUUUUAUAGAAUUAUUACUUUGGGCCACUAUUUUUGUAUAACUUAUUAAAUUAUUUAUUUGCCAACAGCAUUGUUCUAUCGCUUUUCAAGAUUUAAGGAUUUAAAUUAAAGGUAUAAAUUGAGACCCCCUCUUUUAUUUAUAACAUUGUGUUAUCAACAAACGCUCUUACACAGCGAAACAAGAAUUUUGUUUCAAUUAAGCAGAUUUAUGAGUUUUGGUUGUGGAAGGCAUGGUACACUUUUGGUAAUUGCCAAAGACCAGUAUACCCUUACUUAAUUUAUCCAAUUUAUCCAAACAUAUGCAUAAAAUAAGAAGCCUGUGGAAGUUUGGGCUGAAUUGGUCAUCAAAGUUGCAAGAAAACAAUGAAAGAAAAAACACCCUUGUUGCAUAUAAUUGUGUGCUUCCAUAUGGCUGUGGAAGGCUUCAAGCCCGAGGCUUUUCGUUUCCGGAUUGAAAUAUUUCUUUCUCUAAAACUCCAUUAUUUCAAAGGGGUUGUUUCCAACUAUUUUGUAUAAUAUCAACAGCUUUCCAGUGCUCUUUACCAAAGUUUGUCUGGUUAUUAACUUCCUUGUGGAGUAAGUACCAAGACUAUACCCUGCCUUUAAAGGCAGUGGACACUAUUGGUAAUUACUCAAAAUAAUUAUUAGCAUAAAACCUUUCU